UGGUUCUUCUUAUGGUGCAGUUGCUAUGCUAUUUGUCAAAGAAGAGGACCAACAACAAUGGAAUUCACAUCAAACAACACGAGGGAGAGUCUAAAAGUAUUAUGAAUACGUCCAUGGAAGAGCUAAUAAGCGACGCCAUCAUAGUUUUUAAGAAAAACAGCGGCAUAUUUAGUAGAAUAAUUGCUUUUCUUGGAGUGGUGUUGAUGGCAGUAAGAGAAGGUUUGAAUUUAGGGAUUUUCACCACUUUCUUGUAUUAAAAAAGAAGGUUAAAGAUUGAUCAUCAAGCCAUCAUUACAAACCUACCCGCCCUUGCAGGAUUAGGAUUGAUCACCACCAUCUACACCUGCGAAACCGUUGACCUGGCUUUAAGCAAAACAAGUAUGGCGGAUCUUUGGAUGGGUGGGAAAAUUGUCAAGGAGGCGACAAUGGAGCUAACUCAUGAACUCCUCGAUGCUUUACGUGAAGGGGUUGGCCACGUCACCGGGUCUGGUUCUUUCGAGGAUGCUUUACUUUGUUGGGCAAAGCUGUUAUUCGGCGUUAAAAUAGAGGAGUUGGUGCAAAGUUGCACUAUUCUUUACACUGAAGAAGAAGAAACCUCUACUGAUGGGAAUUGUUGCGGUUUAUUGCUGAGGAGGAACGGAGAUAAUAAGAAAAACAUCAUUCACAUGCACUGGAGAGGCAAUUCAAAGAUCGUGCUACCCAUGUGCUCACACUUCUACUCGUUGGACGGGUAACAGAAUUACAUAUAUGAAAACCAAAGAAUUGCUUUUGAGGAAAUCGGUGAGCGAAUUGCAAGUGAUUGUGUUCAUUGCGUUGCUUUUACUUACAAACAAGUUUUAAUGGAAGAAGGAGGAGGAGGAGAUGAUGAUGCUGAUGCUGAUGCUGAUGAGGAAGAACCACCCCCAAAACUCAUAAAACAAGAAGAUGACCUUGUUGAUGAUGAUGAUGAUGAAGAACCACCAAAAUUCAUAAAACAAGAAGAUGAUGAUGAAGAGCCCCCAAAACUCAUAAAACAAGAAAAACAAAAAGAACAAGAACCCCCAAAACUCAUAAGGCAAAAAAUGACAUUGUUGGGUUUUGUGGGAUUGAAGACUCCAUACCAGGAAGACCUAAAACAGGCCGUCAAAACUUGCCGAGAAGCUGGAGUUAACGUCACACUGAUACUAAAUCAUGACAAAAACAUUGCAACUUUCAUGGGUAUCAACAGUGGAGUUCUCAGCCGUAGCGAUGACAUCAGUAAAACAGUAGUUGAAGCUUCCGAAAUCCGAAACAUCCCGGAAAAUGACGAGAGCCACCAGAGGAGUGUCGAUGAUAUUCGGGUACUCGUAAAUUCCUCCCCAUCCGACAAGCUUCGAUUGAUCCAGUACUAGAGGCAACGUAGCAAAGUAAUAGCUGUCACCGGCCAGAGUACCAGAGAUUCCCCCGCUUUCAAAGAAGCCGACAUCGGGUUCUGGAUUGGAGACGGUGUGCCAAGGUGGUGGCGAAAGAGAGCUCCUCCGACAUUAUCAUGUUUUGCAGUUAUCAAGCGUGGAAGGUUUGUGUAUCACAACAUGGAGAAAUUUAUCCAGCUCCACCUAAUCGUCAACAUAGUCGGAGUCGCUAUCAACUUAAUCGCCACCAUACCCUCUGGCAACACGCCGCUAUCACACUUGGCGCCUUCGCUCUGGCCGCCUCCGAUCCACCUCCAGGGGAAACAAUUCCAUUGGCAUCAGCACUGCUGCCAUCGAAGGCCAUGUGGAGAAAUGUAUUGGUUCAAGUUGUGUACCAGAUUGGGAUUCUUUUGAUGUUGCAUUUCAAGGGAAAAACUAUUCUCCAUGUUGAUGAUGAUGUCAAGCAACAAUAGAUGUGAUUGUCUUCAGCACUUACGCCAUGUUCCAGGUUUUUGGUCUGCUAAACGCCAGUCAAAUAGAGAGGAGGAGGUGGAGGAAGGGGAAAAUAUUUUCCUGGAAAAACUUUUCCUAGAAAAUUUAUAGAAAUCGAUGGUUUGUGGGGGCAGCGGGGGCCACCGUCAUACUACAUUCGGUGGCGAUGGAGAUUGCAAUGGCUAAGCUCUGUGACAACAACGACAAGAUGAGGUUUAGAUUCCAGAAAGUGGCUUUUUUGCACCGGAGUAGCAGCACUGUCUUGGCCCAUUGGCUAUGUUACCAAGAGUAUUCCAGUUUGCUGAUGGAGCUGGAGAGGAGAGUUCGGCAUUGGUGGGCUUAAUCUGGAUCAUAUUGAUAAUUCAAAUUGUUAAUAUAUGGAAUUCAUUGAGUAUAUUAUUUUACA